AUGGAAUGCUCGCAAUCCCAGUCGGACGUCUCGCUGUGCCAGGGCUUCAACGACGCUUUCAAGCAGACCCGCGUACUGUUGUUCUGCUCCCGGGGGACAGAUUUCCGCACAAGACACUUACUGAAAGAUUUGCACACACUGAUGCCGCACUCGAAGUCCGAGCCUAAAUUUGAUAAGACAGCCACUCUCUCGGUCAUCAACGAGAUUGCUGAAAUGAAAAAUUGCCAGAAGGAUCGGUAUCUCUGGAUGUCGAACAUUGAAAACGGGCCGUCGAUGAAGUUUCUCGUGCACAACAUCCACACAAUGGACGAGCUAAAGUUGACCGGCAAUUGCUUGAAAGCCUCUCGGCCGAUCCUGUCGUUUGAUUCGACGUUUGAAGGCAAGCCACAUUUGGAGUUGAUCAAGCAGACGCUUACACAGGUAUUUAGCACACCCGAGCACCACCCACGAUCUCAACCGUUUGUCGACCACGUUUUCACUUUCUCGAUUUCCCCAGAUGAGAAGAUCUGGUUCCGAAAUUUCCAAAUCGUCGACGAAACCUUGCAAUUGCAAGAGAUCGGGCCUCGAUUUGUGCUCGAAUUGAUCCGGAUCUUCAACGGAUCCUUCGAAGGGGCUGUUCUAUACGAUAAUCCAAACUAUGAGGCUCCGAACGAUAAGCGACGCAUGCUGAAGAUUGUCAACCAAAACAAAUAUGUCAACAAGAAACUACACGAAAAGGUUCAAGUUGAGAAGGACAUCUCGACGAAGGCCGUGCUCAAGGAGAAAGUGGAAGAUCCUGCUGGCGAGAUUUUCAACGCGGUUCCUUCCGACGAAGCCGCAAAGUUGGUGGCCGCCAAGAUGGACAAGAAUUUGAAGAAGAGGAAGGCGACCAGCAACGGCAAGCAAAAACUGAAAAAGAAGAAGGCCGAUCCAUCCGCCGCCUCGCGAAACCGGAGAAAACGAGUUCAGAAAGAUGAUCGUAGAUGUCCUCAUCCAGGAACAUGCCAUCCCAAAAAUACAAACGGCAAUUGUCUC